UCCUACAUAAAAACUACCGAAAGGCUACAACGUUAAUUAUAGGUAGAUAUAGUCUCUUAUACUAAGUUAUAACAAAAACAUUUGAAAACUCUUCUUCAUCAUCAUCAUCACCACAUCAUGACGGAAAACAUCUUAAACACUGACAUUAUCCUUUAAAAAGCAUAAUUAACAAACACACAUUCUUAAAAAAAAGGAAAUCCUUCAACACCUGCCAAAAACAAGAUUCCUCCCACAAUUACCACUGCAAAUAAAAACAUCAAAGUAUCCUAUGUCACAAAAAUUACUAUAUCAUUACACACACGGUUUUUCCACAAUAAGAUUUCAUCCUAACCCGCGGAUCCCCAACCUUACCCAUCACAAACACUUAUAAAUAAGACGCCAACUAAUCUUACCCAGUGACAGACCGAAAGCUGAACAAAAUGGUCAUGUUUAUUAUAUUACUAAGUUUAUUCAGUGCAGUUUAUGCCCAGGAUGCUGUGACAGUGGUGACGGGUAAAGGCCCAAUACAAGGCUACAAAAAGGAUGGGUUUAAUACAUUCUUUGGUGUGCCCUUUGCGUUGGUCAAUGAGGAAAACCCGUUUGGAAGCACACUACCCUACCCGAAUUUCAAGACACCAUUCAACGCAAAUGACUCCUCCAUAAUCUGUCCUCAAGUAUACUUCAACGACAAUGGAGUGAUCCAGUGCCUUCGUCUCAACAUCUACGUGCCAACAUCAAGCGCCAAGAAACCAUUGCCAAUAUUUGUCUGGUUCCACGGCGGUGGCUUUGCCUUUGGCAGUGCUGGUGAAUAUGGCGGCCAAUAUUUGGUCAAACAUGACAUCAUUGUGAUCACGGUCAACUACAGACAAGGACCUUAUGGGUUCUUGUGUCUUAAUGAUCCGUCAGUACCUGGUAAUCAGGGGAUGAAGGACCAGAUUGUGGCGUUGAGAUGGAUUAAAGAGAAUAUUGGAGCGUUUGGUGGAGAUCCGAAUAAGGUGACGAUAGCUGGUGAGAGUUAUGGAGGUGGAGCUGUGGAUUUACAUUUAUAUUCAAAAUAUGAGACGUUAUUCCAAAAAGCUAUCGUCCAAAGUGGGUCUCUGUAUGUAUCUGAAGGUAUUUUCGUCAAAGCAGAUUAUGAAGCUGCGAUCAAACUCGCGAAGCAAUUAGGACAUAACGCUGGCAACACAAGAGAUGCCCUAAAAUAUUUAGCAAGGGCAAACCCAGUAGAUGUAAGUGCAGCGACCAGAAAUCUGUCUAUGAUCCUAACAUUUUGCAAAGAAAAGAAGUUCAAAGGCGUCCAAAAUUUUAUCACUGACGACCCUUACCACCUACCAAAUAAUGACAGAGUGAAGAACACACCAAUUAUGAUCGGGUAUACCAGUCAAGAAAUGUUAUACGAGUUCGUUAACAAACCAAAAGAGUUUUACGAUAAACUGACGAUAGGCUUUCAAGAUCAGCUGAAGAAGACAUUUGUCUUGAAGAAGAAGGAGCUGGAUAUGUUGAGUGGUAUAGUAAGAUCAUUUUACUUAGGUGGGAAGGCAAUCGGGCCGGAAUCUCAACUGGAACUCAGCGAUUUCGUGUCAGAUUUUGCUCUUAACUAUGGGGCAGAAUGGUCAGUCAAUAGAUAUAUGGAGCAGGGAGCGAAAGUAUAUAAAUAUAUGUUUUCGUAUAUCGGUGCUAGUGAAUAUAAGAAUGUAACGGGGGCUGGAGCUUCUCAUACUGAAGAACUGAAGUAUUUAUUCGACUGGGUGUGGGCAGCGCCACUGGUGGGGGCUGAACAGCAAAUGAUGAGAGAUCGAAUGACAACCUUGUGGGCUAAUUUUGUUAAACAUGGCAACCCUACUCCACAGAAGACAGACCUGCUCCCAGUGACCUGGUCUCCAGUGACUGGCAUAGGUCGGCAGUACCUGAACAUUGACGUGGAGAUGUCCAUGAGGGACCACGCCUUCCAGCAGAGAAUCGCCUUCUGGGACCUGUUCUGGCACGUGUAUUUGAAGAAGCACGUGCUUUUGAAUUAGUAGAAUAAAGAGUAGAAUUUUGUUACUGCUGUAAGAGCCUAUUUAGAUAUAAAAACUUGAGCAUCUAUGAAUAUAAAGCGCCAGAGGCUUUAAAAUAAAUAGAA